AGAACGUACCAAACGCACAGGACGUUAAGAAAACCCUCUACAAGGCACUGCCGCAAGAGUCUGUUUGUUUGUGUUUUGCUUCAGCAGCCUGUUCGGUUAGUCGUCGCUGCUUCGUUCGGUUAAAUUGGUUCAAUCGUUCAUUUGUGACGUAAAGACAGAUCAUUCAAGAUGUCUCUGGCCGACGAACUUUUGGCCGAUUUAGAGGAAAAUGACGCUCCAGAGGAGGAGGUUAUGGAUACAACUACUCCGGCUGAUGAUGAACAUGUUUUUCUCAAGCCUGCAAUACCCACCAGAAUAGAGGAGGAAGUCAAGCUUUCAUCAAUUCGUCAGCUUGCCACUCUGCACGAUUCUGACAGAUUGAAAAGAAUAUUAGCUGAGAUAGAGAAGUUUAGAUACAGAACCCGUAAACCUGAAGAUGUUGUUGGUGCAGUUGAGCAGGACCCUGAGUAUUUACUUAUUGUAGAGGCCAACAAUGUUGCUGUUGAAGUUGAUAAUGAAAUUGCCGUGAUUCAUCGUUUCACCAGAGAAAAGUAUUCGAAAAGGUUUCCAGAAUUAGAGUCUCUUGUUGUUGGGCCUUUAGAAUAUGUUAUGACAGUGAAAGAACUAGGAAAUGACCUAGACAAUGCUAAGAACAAUGAGGAGCUUCAACAGUUUCUUACACAAGCUACUAUUAUGGUGGUUUCUGUUACUGCUUCUACUACUCAAGGACAAACCUUGACACCAGACGAAUGGAAAAGUAUAGUUGAAGCUUGUGAAAUGGCCAUUAACUUAAAUAACUAUAAACUACGUAUUUAUGAAUAUGUUGAAAGCAGGAUGGCCUUCAUAGCUCCAAAUUUGUCCUAUAUUGUUGGGGCAUCAACAGCUGCCAAAAUAAUGGGUGUAGCUGGCGGUCUUACAAACCUAUCCAAAAUGCCUGCCUGUAAUGUCCUUCUUCUUGGUUCUCAAAAGAAAACACUUUCUGGCUUCUCCCAGGUUGCUACAUUACCACACACAGGGUUCAUUUAUUAUUCUGAAAUUGUUCAGGAUGCUCCUCCGGAUCUCAGGAGGAAGAUGGCACGGCUUGUUGCAGCUAAGGGUAUUUUGGCAGCAAGAGUCGAUGCUGCGCACGAAAGUGCUGAUGCUCACAUAGGCCGAAUGUUCAGAGAAGAAAUAGAAAAGAAACUAGACAAGUUAACUGAACCACCACCUGUCAAAUUUGUGAAGCCUCUUCCAAAGCCAGUUGAUCCAUCACGCAAGAAGCGUGGUGGCAAGAGAGUUCGUAAAAUGAAGGAACGAUAUGCUGUUACUGAACUACGUAAACAACAGAACAGGCUCAACUUUGCUGAUAUUGAAGAUGAUGCUUAUCAAGAAGAUUUGGGUUAUAAUCGUGGUACAAUUGGCAAGACUGGCACUGGACGAAUUAGGCUUCCACAAGUAGAUGAGAAAACCAAAGUGCGCAUUUCAAAGACCCUGCAAAAAAAUUUACAAAAACAAAACCAAGUGUGGGGAGGCAGUACAACUGUCAAAAAACAAGUGUCAGGCACUGCCUCAAGUGUUGCUUUCACUCCUUUGCAGGGGCUUGAAAUUGUUAAUCCACAAGCUGCUGAGAAGAAUGUCAAUGAGGCUAAUGCAAGAUACUUUUCAAAUACUGCCAGUUUUGUCAGAAUACAGAAAAGCUAAACAAAGCUCAAGUCACAUUCUUAUUCACAAUCAAAUAAGUUGGGUAUGAUAUCAGUAAAUAUUACUACUGUAUGUAUUAAAAUAAAAAUAAGAUUCCACUGAAAAUUUAA